GAAAAAAAUCAUUCACAGUCUGUAUUUGGGAGUGUACGCGCCCGGUUCGUCAUCCAACCUUUAACUGUUAAAUAUCGGCGUGUGUGUGUGUGUGUGUGUUUUUUGUUUGGGUACAACAAACAUAUUUAGGUGUACUGAGGAUCUUAUCUGUAUAGAGGGAAUCAUCGAACGCGGAUUUACCAACAAAAAAAACGAAAAAAAAAAAAGUAAGCCUUGAAAACCGCCGCCGCGUACCAUGGCAACAUCGCCCUUACCACCACCACCAUCAUGGAUCUAGCGGAAGCCGUGGACGAUCUGAUCUGCGUGUUGGACGGAUCCGGGGAGGCCACCAUGGACACCCUAGCGAUGUUCCUAUUCGGGUGGAUCUUGGCCGCCUUGUUCGUCUUAUGGCUCGGCAAAGCGAUCUAUCAGCGCUUCACGGCCCGAGGCAAGUCCACUCAGACCACCACUACCACCACCCCCGCCCAGGAGUCCCCGGACUCUUUGGACUUCGGCGGGGGUGCUAAGAAGCAGCCGAUCAUAGCGCCGAAGGCGACGGGGGCUUUCGUGCCGCCCACGCCGCCCGUCAGGAGGCGGCUGACGAGGCAGAGUCCCGCCCCCGAGGCUGGGCGCAAGGGUCGUUACGUUGCCGCCCCACAGUGCACCGGCCCCGAUAACGUGGUGGUGUUGUGGGUGAACGACGUCUUUCAAUGGCUGUACAGCGAUUUCGUUAUCGUUAACGAGAUGUUGCAGGUGUGGUUGGGGGCGGUGAACGAGUACGCCAAGAGGAGCGUAGCUGAGCAAGGGAUCGGCGUGGAACUGGUAAGGGUCUUACCAGAAACCAACCCGCCCACCAUCACCAACGUGUUCGCCGAAGCAGACACCAGAGACGAUGUGACGAUAACGUGCGACCUGGAAUCGACCCCCGCCUUCCAACUGAAAUCCUUCAGACAAAAGGGGGAGAAAGUGGACACGUCGCACUACAGGGUGAACGUGAACCGUUUCAGGGCGCGUCUGAACAUCUUCUGCGUGUCGGAGAAACUGUCGGCCGACGUGAAAUUGGACGGUUGGCCGGAGAUCAAGGUGGCCCUGGCCCCGGUCGGGAACAUCAAAAACAACCUGGACGAGAGUCAACUGCAGGAGGUCAUCAGCGAAAUAGUGACGAACUCGUUGAGGAACGCCGAGGUCCACUUGAACUUGGCCCAGUAUCCCACCUGUCCCAGACUGAUCAGACAUGUGGAGACUCCGGGGAGGAUGUUGCCGUUGCAUUACGACAGCAUGCAAGCGAACGCGUACUCCUCCACCCCGAACCACUUUCCGAAGCAAGGGACCGAUCCGCAACAAGGGGAUAAGAGACUGUUGGUGAAGGUGAUUAGAGCGGCCCAGUUGGGCGGCCGCGAACCCUUUUGCGUGGUGGAAAUGGACGAGCCGCCCCAGAAGAACCAGACGUCCGUCAAGAAGGGCACCGACUCUCCCUUCUGGGACGAGCACUUCCUCUUCGACUUGUCACCGCACACCGCCGAGCUGCUAUUCGAAAUCUACGACCACGCGGUCAAACCGCACAAGUUCUUGGGGCUAGGAAUCGUCGGAGUCGAAGAAUUAUUAAUCAAUCCGUCCCAGAGGCAAAUUAUCACUUUGCAGAGCAGACCGUACGAGAGCGACCCCGUUACCGGAACCCUCACGGUCGAGUUUCUGUUCAUAGAGGGAGCCGAUAUACCGAACGUGGGCGGUAGCCCGUACAAGAUCAAAGAGACGAUCCGUACGCCGUCCCCGAGCAGGGCCAAGUUCACCGCCGCGACUUACUUGAACGAUUCCAUGUCCAACGGUAGCCCCCACUCAAAUUUGGACAGGACGAGAAGCUUGAGCCCCAACAAAAGUACUUUGGUGAUACACAGCGUGCAACGGCAACCCUCGCAGAGGCUAGUGAAGAUGGAGCUGUCCAACGGAGACUGGAAGGAGGUGGAACGCAUGGAGAUCGACCCUAACGAGCGCCUAAUUGACGCGGAAAAGAGUAAUGUAUACGUGGCAAACGGAAGCAAUGGAGAGUCGGCUUUAAAGCCGGGGGAUAUUUCGGCUACUUCCACCCUUCCUUCGCAAACUUCUACCGAGUACGACUACCGGGGACGACCGAGGAAACGUCGGGACUUCUUCGGUACAUUGAGGCGCCGUCUGGGGAAGUCCAACAAGGGCAGAUCGAAGUCCGCAGGUCCGGAAAACCCGGACAACUUGAACGGCAGAGACGACAGCUUGAGUCGUUCGAUUUCGGCCGAUAGAGGGCGCGCGCACGACGACCAUUAUCGCCUGAACGCGCCUAACCAAGAGAACUCGCGUAGGUCCAGCUUAAGCGAGGCCUCGGGCCUCAGUAGCGCCUCAACCAGGACGUACGUGAACGAGGCGAGCACUUUGGUACUGGAAACCAUCGAGAACGGCAUCAAGAAACAUUAUUUGGUACCGCUCUCGUUGGCGCAAAAGUCCAAAUGGAAGAAGAAGGGCGUCAAGUUGCACAUUUUUAACGAUCACACGUUCGUGGCCAAACAUUUGCAAGGGGGUACCGUUUGUCAAGUGUGCGCCAAAAGUAUAGCGCGCAGGUUCGGCAAACAGGGAUACGAGUGUCGUGACUGUUUACUGAAAUGUCACAAGCAAUGUCACGUCAAGGUGAACGACAACUGUCCCACCUCCACCAUACACAAUAUCGAAUUAUCAAUGCUUCCCGUAUUAAGUGAAUAAUUAACAUUGGAACUACAUCCAGAACCCGUUGACGGACAAGAACUUGUCGCUGCUUUAGCGCACACAACGUUGACGCCUGUCACAUGUCGGCGCUGACAGCUGUCAAGGACCGACAGCUGUCAAAGUCAACGUCAGUUGUCAAAAUUGUCACACAAGUGAAUCUCGAUUUUAUACUUUAUGGUGCUUAUUUGUUGUCUCGGCUUUAUUGUUAUAUUUUUUAUAUAUAUAUAUUGAUUUUGUAUGUAAGUUUUAACUUCUGGAUCUGUUUUUAUUUUUUUUAUAUUUAAAUUUGUUAACGCCGCCUAAGGAUUUAAUUCUUCCCUCUCCCUCCACCAACGUCGAAUGUUGUUAUUAAUUUUAAUAUAAAUAGAAAUAAGGAGUUU